AUGGCGCCGACCCCGCUCGCCCGAUAUUGGCCGCUGGUGCUCAGCGCAGCCGCUCUUCUGGCCGCCCCAGCGCUGGCCAGCUCCGACAGCGAUGACGACAGCGUCGACUACGUGCGCUGCACGACGUUCGCGCAGUGCUGCGAGAUGUGGGGCGAGGACUCGAAGCGCUGCGAGCGCGGGCCCUGCACGGGCACGUGGAUCAUGCGCAAGUUCUUCUCGCUCAGCAUGCCGCUCUACAGCGUCACCUUCUGGGAGGUCGUCUACACGGUCUACAGCAUGGUGCCGUACCUCGUGCUCAUCACCAUCAUUGUCGAGGCGCUGCUGCGCUCGCGCUGCUACACGCGCGUGUUCGCCAUCCUGCUGCCCAUUAUCCUCACGGUGCUCAACACCGUCAUCCUGGUCAAGGUCCUGGGCGACUGCGACGACUGCCCACGCCCGCGCGGCUCGUGCCUCGUCAGCAACGGGCUGCCGUCGGGCCACGCCACGAACGCCAUCGGCCUCUGGAUCUGGAUCGUGCUCGAGGCCAUCGUGGGGGUCGGUGAGCGCGUGCGCCGGUGGUCCGUGGGGCGCAAGGCCGUCGUCGUCUUCUUCGCGACGCUCGUCCUGACGCCUGUGCCCUACAGUCGCUACUUCCUGGGCGACCAUACGGCGCUGCAGGUCUCGGUCGGCUCGGCCGACGGCCUCGGGCUGGGCGUCGCCUACUUCUUCUUCAUCCGGUGGGAGGGCAUGCACCGCGCCGUCGACGCCCUCGCGCGCUUCGUGGCGCGCUACGUCAAGUUCGAGAUCAAGGACGACUUCUACCUGACCCCUAGCCAGACGGCGGCAGCUUCCGGAGACGACGCGACCAUCGCGGACGACAGCAGCGAGAGCGAGAACGCUGGCGCCAACGGCGCGCACGCAGCGGAGAAGGAGAUCCAGACGCCCUAUGUGCAGGCGUUCAACACGGGCAGCAUGAAGACAGCGUACAGCUCGAGCGAUGACGGCCAUCCUGACCGCAGCGCGGACGGGAACGUGGAGAAUCUCAAGUUCGAGGAGACCGAGCGGGCAGAAGCUCAUGACGACAAGCAUCGGAGGCCUUCGGUGUUCCGCGUGGGCUCGCGAGUUGAGCGCGAGCUGGAUGGACUUUGGUUCCCAGGCACGAUCACCGACGCCGAGCCGAACAGCGACUGCUAUGAAGUCGAAUACGACGAGGAUAUGAACCGAGAAGGCGAAGUCUCGGCCACGAAGAAGGAGCUGACGGCGCACCAGCGAGAAAUGCUGCGGAAGGACUCGCUGCUGAUGCAGACCCCAGACUACGACCCGAACAAGGCCCCGACGGUUGUGCUGCAUCACCAAGGAGAAACCAACGCAGCGGCGGGAUACAUCAUCAACGGGCUCGAGAACAACGUUGCCACCGGCAAUGGACUGCGCGGUAUCCGGUGGUUGCGAGGCAACUCAUUUUGA